GAAUAAAAACAGGAACACCAGACAUAGGGGAGGGGGAAAAACGAAGUGAUCCAUUGAACCGAAAGUCUUUGCCCUCUCUUAAUUACGUAGUGUCCCAUAUCUUUUCUCUUUUUUUCACUUGUCUUUUCCAAAUUUUUUCUUUCUUCUGUAUGUAAAGACCUCUGGCUAUUGGUAAUUAGCUUGAGGAGAAUAAAAACAGCCGAUCGGGAGAGGGGUGGUGCAUUGUGGAGCGAGAUGGCUAACAGAAAGGUUCUAUCACUCCUUCAUGGAUUCUUCUACCUAGCUCUGAUUCAGCCCUCACUUCAAGGAGGUGUGUACGUGCCGGCUAGUGCUGGAGUUGGAGCAGGAGGUGCUGGACCAGGUGCUGGUCUCUACCCAGGUGCUGGAGGGAUACCCGCAGGAGCAGGCUACAAACCAGCUAAAACUGGGGCUGGAGGAUAUGGAGGACGGGGUGGUGUUGGUGCUGGAGGUCUGGUCCCUGGUGGCGGGGCUGGAGGAAUAGGAGCGUUAGGCCUCGGAGGAGGAGGAGCCGGUGGAAAAGGCCCCAAACCUGGUUAUGGAAACCUUGGUGCUGGUGGUGUUGGGGUUGGUGGUCUUGGUGGUGGAGGAUAUGGAGCUGGUCCUGGAGCAGGCAGUCUAGGAGCAGGAGCCCUUGGAGGAGGAUAUGCUAAGCCUGGAGCUGGUUAUGGAGGAGGCUCGCCGUAUGGAGGAGGCUCGCCGUAUGGAGGAGGCUCGCCGUAUGGAGGAGGUGGUGCUGGGGGCUUCUUCACUGGAGGUGGAGGCUAUGGGGCAGGAGGUGGACUUCAACCAGGCUAUGGCGGUGGUGGAUUACAGCCAGGUCUAGCACCUGUUAUUCCUCAGACUGGCCUACCUGGAGGUGGCCUGGGACCUGGUGCUGGAAAAGGAAAGSCUCCAAAAGGAGGAGUACCAGGUGUGGGGGUGCCUGGACUUUACCAAGGUGGCCAGGUGCCAGGACAAGGGUUUGGUGGUCGUGGAGUGUUGCCCGGUGUGGCCACUGGGAACGGACUCAAUCCCAAAUCAUUGCCAGGUGGAGGACAGCAGGGACCAGGAGGCUCGGGUCGUGUUGGUUAUGGAGGACCAAUGCAGCCAGGAGUAUUCCAUGGAUACCCACUCAAAACACCCAAAACACAAGGUGGCUAUGGAGCGAAAGUUGGAGGAGCUGGAGGCAAACUUCCAUUUGGAUAUGGGGGCUUUGGUGGUGGUGGUGGAGCAGGCCUUCCUGGUGGAAAAGGUGGUCCUGGAUCCAAGCCUGGAUACCCCAUUGGAACUGGUGUUGGGACMGGAGGUCUUAACCCGGCCCAGGCUCAGGCUAAAGCUGCUAAAUAUGGUGCUGGUACUGGUUUGGGUGGUGUGCCCGGUGCAGGUGGAGCUUACCCUGGAGAGGGAGGAGCUUACCCUGGAGUGGGAGGAGCUUACCCUAGAGGAUAUAAUCCUGCUGCAGCCAAAGCUGCUAAAUAUGGAGUCCCAGGAGGUGCAGGUGGCGUCCCAGGUCUUGGAUCAGUAGCAGGAGGAGCAGGAGGAGUACCUGGAGGGUUAUCYGGAGGAGCUGGAGGGUAUAACCCUGCUGCGGCCAAAGCUGCUAAAUAUGGAGUUCCAGGGGGUGCAGGAGCAGGCCUAGGAGCUGGAGGAUUUGGUGGAGUACCAGGAGGAGGAGGAGGAGGAGGGGGUGUACCUGGGGCAGGAGGAUAUAAUCCUGCGGCAGCCAAAGCCGCUAAAUAUGGAGUUCCAGGAGGAGCAGGUGCAGGGUUAGGAGGAGCUGGAGGCUAUGGAGCGGGAGCCAGGCCUCCCUAUUACGGUGUUCCAGGGGGUGCUGGAUUUGGGGGAGCAGGAGCUUUUCCAGGGUCUGGAGGAUACAAUCCCGCCGCCGCCGCCAAAGCUGCUAAAUAUGGGGUCCCAGGAGGUGCAGGGGCAGGCCUAGGAGCUGGAGGUCUUGGAGGAACAGGAGGGGUACCAGCAGGAGGAGCUGGGGCUGGAGGAUAUAAUCCCGCCGCUGCCAAAGCUGCUAAAUAUGGAGUCCCCGGAGGUGCAGGAGCAGGCCUAGGAGCAGGAGGAGUACCAGGAGGAGGAGCAGGGGGUGUACCUGGGGCUGGAGGAUAUAAUCCUGCUGCAGCCAAAGCAGCUAAAUAUGGAGUUCCAGGAGGUGCAGGAGCAAGCCUAGGAGCUGGAGGACUUGGAGGAGGAUAUGGAGGAGCAGGAGGGGCUGGGGCUGGAGGAUAUAACCCUGCUGCGGCCAAAGCUGCUAAAUAUGGAGUUCCCGGAGGUGCAGGAGCAGGCCUAGGAGCUGGGGGAGCAGGAGGAGUACCAGGAGGAGGAGGAGGGGGUGUACCUGGGGCUGGAGGAUAUAAUCCCGCUGCGGCCAAAGCUGCUAAAUAUGGAGUUCCAGGAGGUCUAGGAACAGGCUUAGGAGCAGGAGGACUUGGAGGAGUACAGGGAGGAGUACCUGGAGGAGGAGCAGGGGGGGUACCUGGGGCUGGAGGAUAUAAUCCUGCUGCAGCCAAAGCAGCUAAAUAUGGUCAGGGGGCUGCUGGUGGGCCACGGAGUGGAUAUGGUGGCGUGCCUGCUGGAGGAUAUCCCAGGCCUGGGGGCUAUGGGGGAUAUGGAGGGGCAGGAGCUGGAGGGUAUAAUCCUGCUGCGGCCAAAGCUGCUAAAUAUGUCUCAGGAGCUGGAGGAGCAGGCCUAGGAGCUGGAGGAGCAGGCCUAGGAGGAGCAGGAGGAGUACCAGGGACUGGGGCUGGACCAGGAUAUGGAGGCUAUGGAGGAUAUGGAGGGGUACCAGCAGGAGGGGCUGCUACUGCAGCCAAAGCUGCUAAAUAUGGAGUUCCAGGAGGAGCUGGUGUGGCGGGGAGAGCAGGAGCAGUGCCAGGGGGUGGAUAUGGAGGGGUACCUGGGGCUGGAUAUGGAGGAUAUAAUCCUGCUGCGGCCAAAGCUGCUAAAUAUGGUAUGCCAAGCGGGACAGGCAUCGGUGGAGAAGGUGUGCCAGCGCCUAUAGCGACUCCAAGACCAGGUGUGGGCGUGGGUGGUGGUGUUGGAGGAACUGCCUUUGAGCGCACUGAUGUACCAGUGGGCACAGGGAUACCUAUCGCAGGCAAACCAGCAGAGGAUUCAUCUCUAGAACCCGGUGGAACUCCCAUCCCAGAUCCCACACCUAUUGGCACACAGGCCACAGAGGCCCCAGAGCCAGAGCCCAGUGCCACAGGAGUAACUGGAGUUGGGGCUGGGGUGCUUCAACCUAGUGUUGGUACAGGUCCAGCUCAGCCUGGUGUGGGUGUCGGAGCAGGUGGCAAAGCUCCUAAACCCCCUGGGACAGGGGGAUACCCGUAUGGUGGUUAUGGACAGGCAGGACAACUCUGGUAUGGUCAAGGUUAUGGACAGGGUGCAGGUGCUGGUGGAUAUCCCUAUGGAGGAGGAUAUGGAAAUCCAUACGGAGCAGGAGCUGGACAACUUCCUGGAGCCAAGCCCCUGAAACCUCCAGUUGUGGGAGGAGCAGGCGGUGCGGCUGGAGGAGCAGGUAUUCCUCUUACUGGAGCAGGUGGUGGUGCAGGGGGAUACCCGUAUGGUUAUGGUCAAGGUGGUUAUGGACAGGGACAGGGUGUGAGGUAUCCCACUGGUGUUGGUCUGGGAGUAGGGGCAGGAGCAGGUCAAAAAGCACCCAAACCCCCAGGUUAUGGUAACCUGGGUGCGGGUGGUGCUGGUUAUAAUCCAGGUGCUGGUGCAGUCCCAGGUUACRGAGGUGGCUACCCACAACAACGGGGUUACCCACAGCAAGGUGGMGGCUACCUACAGCAACCCUACCCAGGAGCAUAUGGAGCAGGCCAGACAGCACCACUGACUCCUCAACAAGCCAAAGCAGCCAAGUAUGGCCCACUCCAGGGCUUCCUUGGUGGAGCAGGAGGAGGAGGCUACAGACCAGGAGGAGUUGCUGCUGGAUGCCAAAGCAAAUACUGUGGAAGGCAGAAGUAGAGGGUGUUCUUCAGAAGAAGUUGAACCUCAAGAAACAAUGGUGCUACUGCAUGAUCUAGAAUGUACAUUUUAUAUGCACAACAUCCCCCAUUACAGUAUGUAAAGAUAUGUUGUACUUUAUUUGACUCAAUAUAUUUUUUAUACAAACCCACCGACCCAGACUUUUGCACACAUUUGAUGUGACUUAGUGUUUUUGAUUGUGCCUUUAUCAUUGUUCGUGGUGUUCAUCAGCUCUUACUGACAUGCCUGCGAUGCUCCCCUUUAAGUAGUUACCAAGUGUUUGUGUGUGCAUGCAUGUGUGUGGGCGUGGAUGUGUGGAUGUGUGCCUAUGUGGCUGUGUGUCUCUCUAUGUGCUUGUGAGCUUGCACAUGUUGCCAGAGAUGUUUGGGUAUAUAGGAGAAUAUGAAAGAUUAUCCAACUAGAGCCAUUAAGCAUGCUUUGAAUGCAGAGAAGUGCUCCAAGUCAAAACCAACACCAUUCCUGUAACUGUUGGAGAUCUUCCCAUACUGACAUGUCAAACCAAGGGUUGAGCUUCAAGAGGUGUGGUUGGKAAAGUGCUGAUAAACUUUGGCCAUGUAUCUUCAGAACUGCCUCCUCUGGCUUUCUAUCAUCUCUGCUGCUAUUUAUAGCUCUGGGUGAAAUAGCAGUGGCAUAGCGUGUGUGUGUGGGCACAGGUUUCACAGUCCAUCUGCCAUCAGCAACUUUGACUAUAUKUUAAGUGCCAUGGUGUAAGUAGCCUUCUUACCUUGAUUUCUGACAAACUUGUGAAGUAUGAAGAGCAGGUGUUGCUCUGAAUAUGAUAAAGCUGAUGACAAUCAAUCCAAAGGUGUUCAAAAGAUUUGUAGGUGAUAUCUUCAGUGAUAUUCAUAGCAUACAUUGUGUUGGUUUGUACCCAAGUCCAUUGAAACGGUGUGUUUUGUUUUUUUAAGUGAUUUGUAUGUUUUUAGUUUUACAAAAAUGUAAAACUGAAAUCCUUUCGAUACUGCUCUGGCAUGUAUUGUACAUUAUGAAUGUAUGAAUUGAACAUUUUGUUUUAUUAAUUACRUAUMAUUUUUCUGGUGUCCAAGAUUAAGUGCCUAGAAUGUUAUGCAUAUCUGUAAUCAUUCUAGUUUCACAUGCAGUUAUAGUUUCAUUUAUGCAAGUUGUCGCUCAUUAUUCAAGUUUCAAAUGUUUCCGCUCAUGAAAGUAGACUAUCACCAUAUUUGUGUAAUCUUUUAAAUAUAUAUUUGGGUAAUGCAUUUAAUCACUGUUGAGAAUUGUUAUACUGUAUAUGUAAGGGCUUUUUUAAUGUCUGUGUGUAGGCUAUAGCCCCUAGUCUGUGUAAAUUGUGAGAGUGAGCUCCCAUUUCACUCUUUACUUGAGUUAGUUACAGUUGAAUAAGACUCACUAGACAUUACUGACCAAAGAUUGAUUCGCUCUGUUAUAAAGUUACACUACGAUGUCUCUUUAGGGAUUGUGUGUACUGUAUGUUGUAGUAAUUGCCCUAGGUUAUCAUGACUCUCACUCACUUCAGUUCUUGUAGCCUACUCGUGGGGCUUUUUCUGAACUGUGUGUGAGCCGCUCCGAUCCGGGGCCCGCCGCCCCGUGUAUUCCRUGCGGUGGGAUAGUAUUCAUCUUAUUUAAAUGAGAAAAAGGAGGAACRAUGGGGUUUUGCACUUUUACAUUUUCAUGACGCACAUGUGACUUGUUCCCGGUAAUCCCGGCAUUUUAUUUGCUUAAGUAAAAUAACGAAAUAAAAUGGUUAAUAAAUA